GCGGUGACGUGACGCGAGCAGCCCGUGUUGGUUCCAGCUGACAGGCGGAGGGAGAAAAGCGAAAACCGAGGAAAAAAUGCGCGAGUGUGUGUGUGCGCGUGAAGGUGAGAGAGGGAGGGAGCGCGAGAGAGAGAGGAAAAUAAGAGCCAUCAUCUAGCUGGCUCUCUCCACUACUGGAUUUUAUUAUUUUUUCUUUCGGGGGGAAUCUCUUUAUUUCUCUUUAUUUCUAUCAUCGCAUCAUUUCGAUCAUUUCACCUCAGAUUUGAUGGAUUAUUCCGCCCUGGAGACUUCCCACCGCCGAUUCUUCAUAUUCUGCUGAUUCUAAUCAUCUGUCUUCGCUCAGUGCACGGGACUACCUUCAGCCGCCUUCUUUCCUGCUUUUAUUAUUACUGUCACUGUUUGUUGCUUCCAUCUGGAAGGGAAUUUUUAGGGAACCUGUCAGGCUGACAGCCGAGCUGGACCGGUUUUGUUUCCACAAGCUCGAAGAGGACUUGGAUCAGUCGUUUAUAAGUGCGUCGGUGUUUGUUUCGAGAGGAACGCGGUUACAGCAACUCCAGAGGGAUGAAUUAAACCUGCUCAGCAUGCUGCCAUUUUGGAGAUAGACCCCCUCCCGCCCCACCACCCUCAGUUUUUAAAUUUUAAUUUCUUUUUGCACAUUUUACAUGGGCCGAGGGGAAAGCGGGAUAUCAAGAGAUCUCACGCACGCCUCACCUGUCUGCGCACCUUUUUUACGGCGCGCGCGUUAACUACAAUCUCUGAGUGGAUUAUUUUGAUCUUGAGCUCCAACUCUGCAGGUUGCUCCGCUCCAUCUCCCUCCACCUACCCCCUCCUCCUCUUCCUCCUCCUUCUUUUCCCUAGAAGUUAUGUCAAGGCCUCUCACGCAGCUCCUGCCGCCGGAUCUCCCAGCAGGGGCCACCAGCCCGCAGUUUGGGGCCAGCAACCCUGCUGGAAGUGGCCCCCAAGGCGGUCACCUGACCUCCAUGACCAACCUGAAGUCUCUACUCCAGCUGCCAAUCAAGGCCGACCAGAGGGUCACCAAGGACUGCUGCGAGAUGAAGGACAAAGACAAGCCGCAGGACUCUGAUGAAGACUCGCUGGGCAUCAAUAACGGGGGCCCCGGCGGGACGGGAGGGACCCCAGGCUCCGGCCCGCUGCGACCCAACUCCCAGUCGGCCUUCCUGGGGCCCCUGCUGUGGGAAAGGACCCUUCCAUGCGACGGAGGCCUCUUCCAGCUGCAGUACAUGGAUCUGGAGGAGUUCCUGACUGAGAAUGGGAUGGGCAUGCACAGUAAUGGGCCCAGCUCAACCAGCGCCCAAAUACCCUCCCAGAGCUCCCAGUCUGCAGUGCCGAACCAAAGCUCCCAGUGUCCUCCCACAUCUCCUCCGCCUUGUUCCUCCUCCUCCUCCUCAAUGUCCUCUUCAUCCUCCUCCUCCUCGCUCCUCGGAUUGGAGACCGUUCAGCCACAGGUGCCGCUGCCGCCACCUCAACAGCAGCAAGGCAUGAUGGGAGGUCCGGAGUUACUAAACGGUGAGUGAUGGUGAAUUUCCUAACUCCAG